AUAGGAACUUGCUGAGUCACUGUGACAUAUAAAUGAAACGCAUAAGCCUUGAAAAGAAGCUUGACAGUUUUUGUACUGGAAUUUCUCACCAAAAUGGUCGCGCGACAGUGGAGUAUGCUAGGGACGAGCCCUGGAACGACCGAUGGCCAGGAUGCAAGACGGAGUAGCACCACGAAUCCGAUGAGACGGGAAUACUUUGGAAACUCGUCACAUCUCAGAGAUGAUACAGCGGCCACUGAAGCAGAGAAAAGACGCACAGAACUCAAGAAUAAGAUUCUUGCGGGAGUACAGAACUUCAAUGUCGAGCACUAUCGGAAGAGUGACGAGGAGCUCAAAUCAAUUAAAAACAAACGCGUUCGGGAAUUCUAUGAAGCACAAAAUCAAAAACUGAAUGAUUGGGCUGAAGUUGAUAGCCUUGUCUGGGAUUUAGUAGACGAUGUGGUCGAUAGCAUGGAUCCAGAUGCCAAUCGCGACGGAAUUGUGGAUAGAAACACGCCACUUGUUCACACUGGCUACGAUCUAGAGGCUUUCUUGCCCUGGAAAGAGCGCGAAAAGCGCAUCAGAGACAAUCGCACAGCCCAGAGAGCACUGAAUAUAAAUGUACUGGCAAAUGUCCUGUUGCUGGUAGCAAAGGUGGUCGCCGUGACAUCGACACACUCGCUGUCCUUGAUUGCUUCGCUUCUAGACUCGGCAUUGGAUCUUCUAUGUACACUGAUUAUUUGGUCAACAAGCAAGCUAGCUAGUUGGCAGACUGCAUCGGUGAAACUGGCAUUUCCCGCGGGCCGCCAACGUCUACGCCCUCUCGGUAUAUUGAUCUUUUCGAUCCUUAUGGUGGUCUCCUUUGUGCAGAUCCUGCGGGAGUCUGCUGCAAAAUUACUCCCUUCUGGUGAUCACCAUACUCUCACUUUGCCACCUGUUGCUAUCGGCGCGAUGGCAGGAAAUAUUGUCGUUAAAGGACUCGUUGGGUUGUAUUACUUUAGAGUCAAGAACUCACAGGUCCAAGCUCUAGUUCAAGAUUGCAAGACGGAUGUUUAUUUCAACCUAUCAUCGUUGUUAUUCCCUUUUAUCGGCCACAAGCUCGAUAUCUGGUAUCUCGAUCCUCUUGGGGCCGCACUGCUAUCGCUGUAUGUCAUUUAUGAUUGGGCCCACACGUCAGUCACAACAAUCAACAGACUGACUGGUGCCGCGGUAUCUACCCAAACUGCAAAGAAACUGAUAUACCUGGCGUGGCGUUUCUCUCCUGUUGUCGAUUCGUAUAAAUCGAUGACAGCCUAUUAUCUUGGUGAUGGUAUCAUUGUCGAGGUUGAGAUCACACUAGAUGAAAGGACACCUCUGCCUCUAGCCCAUGAUAUUGCCCAGACCAUACAAUACUGUUUUGAAGGGCUAGCGGAGGUUGAUAGAAGUUUCGUGACAGUAGACUAUAGCUCACUUGGACUGCCAUACCAUGCUAGAUAAUUUGGACGACAAACUACCUCGGUUGAACUUCAUUGAUCGAGUGAUGGCUCUGCAAGAGGAAUGAAGACUGCGUUGGCGAACUUUUCGAAUACGACAUUCUUCAGUCUGUAAUAGCGAAUAUUUCAUUCGUCUUGCAGAUGCCAUGUCAUCAUAAUCCGGAAAUUUCUAAAUAGUAUAUUAUAUACAUCUAUCGAUGAGGUGGCCGCAGAACUAGCCGUACAAAAGUUGUCUCUAUUACAUCGCUCCCCGGGUAUGUACUAAUAACACAUAAGAAAUCUCACGUUGUAUGAAACGCACUUUAGCCAUAGUCUGAAAUGAUAAGCAGAGCCGAUAUUCCAUACUAACACCUGUAAGUGCGGUAUGAUCACUUCUCAACAUGGAGCACCAGUUCUAUUCCAGGGAGGGAUUUUAAUUCGUCGACCUCGCUCUGACUG